UCAGCUGCCGACAAAAAAACUACAAAAAUAUUAAUUGAUUCCUUGUUUUUAAAGAAAUACACACAGCUUGUUAAUUAACAUGAUGUGCUUUUAGCGGCUGGACUGAAAAGCAAGUUACACGUCGCGUCUGAAGAUGAUAUACCAUAUUCCCUGGAUCUACACACCAGUGCGGAGUGUGCUGGCAAUCUGGCACCAGCUCACCAAAACCGAGAUCCCAGAGCUGGCCAAGUGCUCAGUGCUGAUGAGGGAGCGCAGCAGAGUGGAAGAGACAAUCUAUUCCAUGCAGCGAGCGGGCGCAGGCAGCUUGCAUGUUAUCUCCGACUUCGACAUGACGCUGACCAGAUUCGCCCACAAUGGCAAGAGAGUGCCCACCACCCACAACAUCCUUGAUAACCGGUUGUUGAUUAAUGAAGACUGCACCAGAAAGAUGAGGGAGCUGUUGAACACCUACUAUCCCAUAGAGAUCGAUGCUGGUCGGACUGUUGAAGAGAAGCUGCCUCUCAUGGUCGAAUGGUGGACUAAAGUACAUGAACUCCUCAUUGAUCAGAGGAUCAGGAAGGACAUGCUAGCUCAGGCCGUCAAGGAAUCCAGCGCUAUGCUCAGGGAGGGCCACAAAGUGUUUUUUGACCAUCUGGCUGAGCUCCAGGUCCCUCUGUUGAUCUUCUCGGCCGGUGUUGGAGAUGUUCUGGAGGAGGUGAUUCGACAAAACGAUGUCUUCCAUCCUAAUGUGCACGUCAUCUCCAACUACAUGGACUUUGAUCACACCGGGGUCCUGCGAGCCUUCAAAGGCCAACUGAUCCACACCUUCAACAAGCGGGAGGGGGCUCUGUCACAUGCAGCUCGCCUCACAGAGCUGCAGGGUCGGCCCAACGUGCUGCUGCUGGGAGACUCUUUGGGAGACCUGACCAUGGCCGACGGGGUGUCAGAGCGUGAGAACAUCCUGACCAUCGGCUUCCUCAAUGACCAGGUGGAAGAGAGGAAAGAGUCAUACAUCAACGCUUUUGAUAUCGUACUGGUGAAGGACGAGACGAUGGACGUUCCAAACGGCAUCCUCAGAUGCAUUACCUCAUUGGGACGCAACAAGUAAGAAGUGCAUGAAGAAACAUGGACACGACUCAGUCCUA